CGCGGGAAGCCGGGCCGGCUCGGGCCGCGGACUGGGCAUGCUCGGCAGCCCGGUAGGCUCGCGGUGGCAAGUCGGAAGCGUUUGCACCAGCGGGGCAGCCGCGGCGGGGGGCGGGCAGGUCGGAAGCCAGAAGGACCGGCCAGGGCAGGCUGCUCUCCCCUCGCGCCUGAGGAGCGGGCCGGAGAGGGCGAUUGGGGUGCGGAGCCCCGACGCUGCCCUGCCCCGGAUUUCGUUCCGCCGCCGGGGGCUCCGCCAGCAGAAUUCCGGCGGCUGCCGCGACUCCAGUGCAACAUGAAGACGGCAUGUAUGAUCCCUGAAUGGGCCUGUGGGCAUUUAGUCAUUCAUCUUUGAUCAGGAGAAAGAAGACGGUCAUCACUUGAAAGGCACACCAUUGAGUUCUUUGGGAUGCCCAAAAGUGUCUGGUUGGGAAACAUGAAAUAGAAGACAAGACCCUGCCUCAGCAAGUGUACCCAAGAAUACUUUUAAAGGAACCUAUCGAUACAUGCAAAACAGUAGCUGUUGGAGGUGAUGGAACUGUACUGGAACAAUGGGAAAAGCUGGUAGCUUAUAGGAAGCCAAGAUGACAAGACUGUUUUUAAAUAAUCCAAGGAAGAAUCUUGCUCAAAAAUGAGGUGAAUUAAUGCUCAGGCGCUCGGGAACCCUGGACAGCUACAUGAGGUGUUUAAAAACUGCCCUGACCAUCUUGCCAAACAAGUCUCUGCUCAUGAAACCCCACAGGAUGAACGAGCCGAGGCAGGACAGUGUCCUACCCUGUUGGAACAGUGACUGCUGACCUGCCAAGAGUGAGCUGGGGACUGACUGGUGUCUGCCAGUACAAUGAAGGAAGUGGUUUAUUGGUCACCCAAGAAGGUGGCAGACUGGCUGCUGGAGAAUGCUAUGCCAGAAUACUGUGAGCCUCUGGAGCAUUUCACAGGCCAGGACUUGAUCAACCUAACCCAAGAGGAUUUCAAAAAAGCCCCCUUGUGCCGAGUUUCCUCUGACAACGGGCAGCGGCUCUUGGACAUGAUAGAAACUCUGAAAAUGGAGCACCAUUUGGAAGCACACAAGAAUGGCCAUGCCAAUGGGCACCUCAACAUUGACGUAGACAUCCCCACCCCUGAUGGCAGCUUCAGCAUCAAGAUUAAACCCAAUGGGAUGCCAAAUGGGUAUAGGAAGGAGAUGAUAAAAAUCCCCAUGCCAGAACUGGAGCGCUCCCAGUACCCCAUGGAGUGGGGCAAGACUUUUCUGGCCUUUCUUUAUGCACUUUCCUGUUUUGUUCUCACCACAGUGAUGAUCUCGGUCGUCCAUGAACGAGUACCUCCUAAGGAGGUUCAGCCUCCACUACCGGACACAUUUUUUGACCAUUUUAACCGGGUGCAGUGGGCCUUUUCUAUUUGUGAAAUUAAUGGCAUGAUCCUUGUAGGACUCUGGUUAAUUCAGUGGCUGCUCUUAAAAUACAAGUCUAUUAUUAGCAGAAGAUUUUUCUGCAUAGUUGGCACGCUGUACCUGUAUCGGUGUAUUACAAUGUAUGUAACUACACUCCCAGUACCCGGUAUGCAUUUCAACUGUUCUCCGAAGCUUUUUGGAGACUGGGAAGCCCAGCUGCGGAGAAUAAUGAAACUCAUUGCUGGAGGUGGCUUGUCUAUCACUGGCUCUCACAACAUGUGUGGGGACUAUCUGUACAGCGGACACACGGUCAUGCUAACACUCACCUACUUAUUUAUCAAAGAGUAUUCCCCUCGACGUCUCUGGUGGUAUCACUGGAUUUGCUGGCUUCUCAGCGUAGUUGGAAUCUUCUGUAUUCUCUUAGCGCAUGACCACUACACUGUGGACGUGGUGGUGGCAUAUUACAUCACCACGAGACUCUUCUGGUGGUAUCACACUAUGGCCAAUCAGCAAGUGCUAAAGGAAGCUUCCCAGAUGAACCUCCUGGCCAGGGUGUGGUGGUACAGGCCAUUUCAGUACUUUGAAAAGAAUGUCCAAGGAAUUGUACCUCGAUCUUACCAUUGGCCUUUUCCCUGGCCGGUAGUCCACCUCAGUAGGCAAGUUAAAUACAGCCGGUUGGUGAAUGACACAUAACAGCUGUACAAAGUGGGGAAAAGACAAAUUGUCCGAAGUGCUAAGAACUCCGUGAGAGAAGAUGCCAUAAAAUAAACACCUCCCUAAUCCUAUUAUCUUUCAAUGGUUACCUAGACAUAACCUAUUGAGUUACCUGGUCAGCACUGUGAUCUUUUUUUCUCUCCAAAGGACCUGCGUUGGACAACAAUAAAGAAAAAUUUAACCUAUCAUGCACUGUACACAUUUCCUGUUCAUAAGUUUGGGAUUUACAUAACCCGCAACCACCAUGUUCCUUUGUAUAUGAUGCAACAGCAUAAAUGUAAGCUUUUAUAUCAUAAGUUCUGGUCUUUCCAGUCACAUCUGGAAAUAAAGCGUAUUAUUUUCUUGGGAAAACAUACUUUUCAUAUCUCUUGCCCCAAAGAUUGGGCUGUAAGCCAUUUUCUAGCAAAUGUCUCUAUGAAGGUUUCUAAGUACCUGAAUGGGGUUUGAUUCUGAAAUCUUUCUACCUGUUGCACCGAUAUUCAAAUAAAAAUGAUAGACACAGAAAGGUUUGGUAACUUUGGGUUUUGUAAAAUCACAAAGACAGUGUUUCAAAAAGUGCAAAAAAAAAAAAAAAGAUUCUGUUAUAAAGUGAUUUUCUAAGUAUUUCCUAACUUUAUUUUUCAAAAUGAUGUUAUGAAAACCAAAUUUAAAGAUUUUUAAAAUGUCAGAGAGAAGAGAGUUAAAAUUUAAAAAUGCAUCUUGGGAGAGAAAUUUGUCUAUGUUUCUAGUGCCUUUCUUGUCUUGAUUGUAUGGUCAGUAGGCAAUCUUAAAUGUUUUUAUUUAAAAUAAAGUAUUCCAUGAAAAUAUAAAUGUAUGUGUAUACUACUAAAUUUUGCAUUUACAGCUAAAUUAAAUCAGAUGACUGCUUAUGGUUUUAAAAUUGAAAUGACUUAAAUAAUGAGGUUGUUAAUUAGAAUCAGAGCCUGUUCACAUAUUGUGAUCAGGUAGAAUGACAUGUACCAUUUAAAUUAUUUUACCAUCUAUUUGGUAGUUUGAUUUUAACUACUCAAUGAAAACAGCCAUGAAUAUUUUUUUUAAAGAGAGUUUUGAAAAUGAUCAUUUACCUAAAACUUGAAAGCUAUGAAUUAAUUAUCCAUACUCUCAUGACAGUUUUGUUGGUGAACAACAAAUAAAGAGAUCUAUUUCUUUAAAAGAUAUUUGUGCAGAAACUGCAUGUAACUCUAAGUUUUACUCCUAACAUACGUAUGUUUGGGGAAGUAUUCUAUUCUAUACUUGCCAAUGUGGAGAACAAAAUAAUUUUUUAAGAAUGAAGAAGUAUAUAUAUCCAUUCUGUAUUUUACGUGCAGCAGAAUUAUCUUCCGUAGGAUUUUUUUGUGUAUUCACAAGGUGAUAUUUGUAUUGUAAAACAAUAAUGGUGAAGGAAAUUAAAAGGCUUUUAAAAUUUUGUUUGUUUUAAAUCUUUGUAAAGUUAUUAUUCCAGAGAGUAUACUGGUAUCUUACAGCUUACCUAGACCAUAAAUUAAUCAAAAUGCACUUUUUAAUAAAAACUGAUACUUAAAAUAAA